CUUUAUAUUUUAUACUACUAUAAUCUUUACUAGCAUAAAGAUUGUGGUAGACUCUGGCGUUGUUUGUGUGUCAAAGUUGGAGACCGGACGCUUGAACGGUUACGUUUGCACUUUCAACGCUCUUCCUACGACUUCUUCGUUUUAACCGCUUACAGAGAAAGUUUUGCUUUAAACGCUAUUCACCCCCCCUCUAGCGUUGGGCCUUUAUUCUAACAAUUGGUAUCGGAGCCAUACUCUCUGAAAGACUUAACCGUUUGAGAGAAACGAUCAAUGGCUUCUACUCAAAGCUCAUACGCAGGUUUAGGUGAAGGGCAAUCCACCACGAGGCCUCCGUUGUUUGACGGAACGAACUACACCUAUUGGAAGGAGAGGAUGAGGAUUUACAUCCAAUCCACCAACUUUCUCCUGUGGAGGAUUAUCAAAAAUGGCGAAGAUGUGCCCAUGAAGAAGGUCAGGGAAACCAACGUCCCUAAGACCGAGAAUGAGUACGAUGUGCAAGACAUCAAGAAAGUGGAGAACAAUGCAAAGGCCAUCAACAUCAUCUAUUGUGCCGUAAACCCGGAUGACUACCGGAAGAUUUCUUAUUGUUCCACCGCCAAGGAAAUGUGGGACAAACUAGAAAUCACCUAUGAAGGUACGGAUCAAGAGACGUACACGGACAAGGAGCUUGUGAGAAAAAGCCUGCGGAAUCUCACACCGGAAUGGCGCUGCAAAGCCGAUGCCAUCCAAGAGUCCAUUGGUGUCACCAACGUCACCAUCGACGGGCUUAGAGGUAACCUCAAAACAUAUGUGUCUACCAUCCUUCUCCCCUCUUUAGUUGAACAAAAGAAGAAGGGGAUUGCACUCAAGGCUUCCUCAAGCCAAGAACCCGCCAUGGAGGAAUCAAGCGAUGAAGACAACGAGUUCGGGCUCGUUAUCAAGAAAUUCUACAAGUUCAUGCGUAAGGAGUAUGAACGAAAGGGCAAGAAGCAUGGAGGUCCACCCAAGUGCUAUGGGUGUGGAGAAGUUGGGCAUAUCAAGCCAAAAUGCUCAAAUGCCAAGAACAAGAAGGAGAAGAAACCGUUGAAGAAGCACCGAGCUUACAUCUCUUGGGGAGGUGAUUCCGGCGACAAGUCAUCGGAAGGCGAAGAAAAUGAAAGCGCCAAUCUUUUUCUCAUGGCACACGAGGAACCACCAGAAGAGGUAUGCACCACUUCUAAAGAUUCUUAUUCUUUUGAUGAUGUACAAGAAGCUUUUAAUGAACUUUAUGAUGAAUAUGUCAACGCUUCUAAAAUUAACAAGGAUUUGAAGAAACAACUUACUUCCAUGGAGAAGGAAGUUGAUAAACUAUCAAAAGAUAAUGAAAAACUUAAAGAAGAAAAUAAGUUUUUCGGAAAAAGAAGCGCCGACAAACCGGAAAGUUCAAAAUGUAGUUCUUGUACAUCACUUAAGCAACAAGUUGCAAAACUUGAAGGAACCUUGAAGAAAUUUGGUGUUUCUCAUAAAAACCUUAAUGAUGUUAUUGACAAUUUGCAACUUACUAAACAUGGCUUAGGAAAGGUUUCUUGUGAUGAUCUUGUAGAUUCAUUGGAGAACAUCUAUCUCAACGACAAUGACGAAGGAAACAAUUCAAAGGAUGGUCAAGAUGAAGAAGUAGAGCCAUCUAUGAACGAGGAACAACCACAAGAGGAAGAGACGCAAAUGCCAAGGGCUUGGAGAACCUCAAAGGACCAUCCUCUUGACAAGCCAAAUUUCUGCAAAUUUCCUCUGUUCUCUCUCUACUUUGUUGAAAUGGCAGGAGGACAAAGAAAGCGUUCCCGCACCGGCAAGAACGUGGCUUCCAUCUCGACUCCUCUACCACCGGCGCACAAGUACCUCGAUGGGUCGUUCCUUCGAUUCAACGACCGCACAGAGGCGACGCGGUUCUCGGAGAAGUUUGAGCACCGGGAAAUUCUCCCUCCCCGGUUCUCCACCGCCCGCUUCAUUCACGAUUCCAUUCCACGUGAGGCACGGGUUAUCCUCGAACGUGGAAACUUCCUCGACCUCCUCUACAUCAAGAAGGCUCACUAUCAACCUUUUCUCAUUCGAGCUUUCUACUCGAAUUUGACAAAGGAUGAGGAUGGAGCGUUUAUUUCAAACGUCAAUGGGGUGGAUAUCUAUUUGAAUGAGGAGAACAUUCAAAUACUCACUGGGCUACGUCGGAAUGGAGAGGAUCUUGGUCUCUACGUCGGUGAGGGAGGGGCACAGUUCAACGAAACUGCCCUCUUGGAGGAAGUGGGAAUCCGAAUCUUCGCCCCCACUCCCCAACAGCGGCGCCCGACGAUUACUUCCAUGAAUCCCGUGUUUCGAUUCAUAUUUUAUGUUUUGACACGGAUCCUCAAGCCAAGGAAGUUCAAUCACACCGCUCUCUCCCAAGAGGACACGAAGACGCUUCAUGCGAUGAUUCACAACGCCAACAUUAAUUGGUGUAAAUUUGUGAUGACUCACAUGUUUAGCGCCACCUCCGACGAUCGGCCGCUCCCCUACGCCCUCCUCGUCAUGGCGAUUCUUGAUGAGUACAACAUCAAGACCGACGUUGGGCCAAAGAUAAAGGGGACAAAGCAUUGGGAGAUUGAUGAAUCCUCCUUUCACUCGGGCACCGACGAGACUCUGUUUCGACAACCUCGUCCACGACGCCAAGCAAGGGAUACUUCUUCAAACACCCCAUCUCUAGCCGAGCAAAUGGCCGCCUUGACCGCUACUCUUUCUCGGAUAGACACCAACGUCUCCCAAACGGCCCAAAACGUCAACAUUUUGAGCCAUGAGCUUCACGGGUAUUUUGACUUUGUCAACUACCCUUACGCUCCUCCACCGAAUCUCGGGGGUGAACCAAGCGGGACUAAUAACGUUGGUGGAGAAGAAGAGGUGAAUGAUGAGGAAGAAGAGGAAGAGGAAGCCGAAGAAGAAGAAGAAGAUGAUGAUGAUGAUGAUGUUGAGGAUGAAGAGGAAGAGGAAGAGGAAGACAUCGACGAAGAACAACUCCUCGAUGAUCUUUCACCGGACUUCUAGAGCUCUAGCUCUUUUCUCUUCUCUUCUUUAAUUAUUAUGCAUUUUAAAUUUGCUUCCGUUAUGUACUUCGCUAUUUCCCUUAUUUAAUGAAUAAAUAUCUUUAUGGUUU